GGAGGGGCUUAACUGCUGGACCUGCUUUAUAUCUGACCAGUGAGCACUGAGAACUGCUCUGAGAUGUUUGGAGCACCUCUAAACAUCAGUGACUCUCACACCGGCUAACACUGACUAACCACAGUGAGACUUUCUACACACAUCAGGGACCGAGUUUCAAAGCUCUAACAGGUCGGAGUACCUUUGGCCUUCAUCAGGAGCGGCCCGGAACCUCCGAGGAGCUGAGGCUGCAGACUGAUAAGGAAACAAAAAGCUCUUGAGGCAAAGAUGGACUCCAAGCGAAAUGGCCACACACAAGUCCAGGGACCUGUGGGGGGCAUCUUUUUGGAGAAAACAAAGGAGAAGAUAACCAUAUAUCAAGCCAUGAAGAAACGUCUGCUUAAGCCAGGAACAGCAUUAGCCCUGCUGGAAGCACAAGCAGCCACAGUAGGUAUCGUAGACCCAAUAAACAACAGAAUACUUCCUGUUGUAGAUGCUGUUAAGGAGGGAAUAGUUGGACCGGAGAUGAAAGAAAAGCUCCUCAUAGCAGAGAAAGCUGUCAGUGGCUAUGUAGACCCCUACACUAACCAAAUGAUAUCUGUAUUCCAAGCUAUUCGAAAAGAUUUAGUCCCAAUAGAAUAUGGAUUGAGGCUGCUGGAAGCACAGAUUGCCACAAAUGGCCUGUUUGAUCCUGGUGAGAAGUCAACUAUUUCAGUUGAAUCAGCAAUUCAAAAGGGCUACUAUGAAAAAGGUUUGCUCAAUGACCAGAUGUCCGAGCUCAAAGUAUUCUACAAUCCAAGCUCACAAGAAAAUCUAAACUACCAAAACCUCCUCAAAAAAUGCACCGUGGAGCCUGACACAGGCCUGGUGCUCCUUCCUGUUUGCAUCACUUUUAAAGGUCUGCGGAGAGGUAUUUCCUCCACUGAACUUUUUGAGUCAAAGAUCAUUGACAAACAAACAUUUGAUGACCUACAGAAGGGAAAGACCAGCACACAGGAUGUGAUGUUGAUGGAAACAGUGAAAGAAUACCUGGAGGGCAAAGGCAGUAUCGCAGGCAUUGCUGUACUCUCAUCUAAUCAGAGAAUGAGCAUUUAUGAAGCCAUGAAGAAAGGUAUACUGAUGCCUGGAACAGCACUUGUUCUACUGGAGGCACAAGCUGCAACUGGAUUCAUGAUUGAUCCUGUAGAAAAUAAAAAGUACACUGUGGAUGAGGCCAUCAAAAACAAAGUUUUUGGCCCAGAAUAUCAUGCAAAGCUGCGUUCUGCUGAGCGAGCAGUUACUGGCUACAAAGACCCAUAUUCAGGUGAAACUAUAUCCCUGUUUCAAGCCAUGUCAAAAGACCUCAUGGUUAAGGAACAUGGGAUCCGCCUUCUUGAGGCGCAAAUUGCUACAGGUGGAAUAAUAGAUCCCAUCAACAGUCACAGACUACCAACAGAAGUGGCCUUCAAAAGAGGUUAUUUUGAUGAAGGAAUGAACGCCAUACUAGAGGAUUCAGGGGAUGACACAAAAGGUUUCUUUGACCCAAACACAAAAGAUAAUCUAACUUAUCUUCAGCUGAUGCAAAGGUGUGUCACUGAUCCAAUAACUGGACUGUGUCUCCUCCCUCUCCUCUCCAAGUCAGACUGCCUGAAUUUCAACUUCAUUGACUACCAAACUAAAAUGACUUUCAAAGAGGAGAAGGUCAACAUGACAUGCGGGAAGUACAUGGGAAUGACAGUAUCUCUGUGGGAACUCCUCAUGUCAGAAUACUUUGAUGAACACCAGAGGCGAGACAUCAUUCAAAAGUUUAGAGAGGGGAAGCUCAAUAUCAAGAUGGUUACCACAACAAUUCUGGAAGUCAUUGAAAAGUCUGUGAAAACAACAAACUGUGUCUUUGAAGGCAUCAGAGAAACUGUUACAGCCAAACAGCUUGUGGACGCAGAUAUCAUUAGUAAAGAGGUUAUGGAGGAUCUGGAAAAGGGAAAAAUUUCAGUGAAGGAAGUGAUAGCAGAUGAAAGUGUAAAUGUCUACCUACAGGGGAAAGACAGCAUUGCAGGCAUUUUGCUUCCUGAUUCUCAAAUCAUGAGCAUUUACCAGGCCAAACAAAAAGGGAAGUUGAUGCCAGGAACUGCUCUGAUUCUACUGGAGGCACAAGCAGCAACCGGGUUCAUCAUUGACCCAAUCGGAAACAGAAAGUGUUCAGUGGAUGAUGCAGUCAAAGCAAAGAUUGUGGGGCCUGACGUGUGUCAAAAGUUGCGCUCAGCAGAGAAAGCGGUCACUGGAUACAAAAAUCCAUAUGAUGGCCAAAUAAUCUCAUUGUUCCAAGCCAUGCAAAAAGAUCUCAUCGUCAAAGACCAUGGAAUUCGACUCUUGGAAGCACAAAUUGCCACUGGUGGGAUCAUUGACCCAGUGAACAGCCAUCGCAUUCCUGUCCAUGUGGCCUAUAAGAAGGGAUACUUCAAUGAGGAAAUGAAUGAGAUACUGGCUGACCCAAGUGACGACACCAAAGGAUUCUUUGACCCCAACACCCAUGAGAACCUGACAUACUUGCAGCUCAUGGCCAGAUGUGUUAGAGAUCCUAGUACAGGUCUUUGCCUCUUGCCACUCAAAAGCAAAAGCAACAGAAUUAACAUAGAUGAAAAUAUGAAGGAGACUUUCAAAGCAACAAUAGUUACUGUUAAAUAUGGAAGGUUCAAAGACAAACACACAACACUUUGGGAACUUAUCAAUUCAGAGUAUUUGACAGAGGACAAAAGACAGGAGCUUUUCAAGCUCUUCAAAUCAAGGAAAAUCACAAUCGAGCAACUGACUGUCACCAUUUCCGAGAUCAUUGAGAGUAAGGAGAUAAAACAGCAAGCAGGGCUGAACUUUACGAGUCUCAGAGGAGAGGUCUCUGUGGUGGAUCUUUUGCAACUUGAAAUAGUGAAUGAAACAACUUACAACAGUUUGAUUGAUGGAACGAUAACCAGCACUGAUGUGAUGAACAUGGACAGUGUGAGAGAUUACCUACAUGGGAAAAGUUGUGUAGCUGGAGUGAUACUGCAACCCUCCAAUAAAAAGCUGAGCAUCUAUGAGGCACAGAGAAUCGGCAUUCUCACACCUGGCACUGCCCUCUGCCUACUUGAAGCACAAGCGGCCACAGGGUUUAUUGUUGAUCCUUUGCAAAACAAGAAACUCACAGUAAAACAAGCUAUCAGAGAAAAAUUGAUUGGUCCACAGAUGCAUGAAAAGCUUUUGUCUGCAGAGAGGGCGGUCACUGGAUACACAGAUCCAUACACUGGUCAAAAGAUCUCUCUUUUCCAAGCUUUACAAAAGGAUCUGAUUGUCAAGCAGCAUGGCCUCCGUUUACUUGAGGCCCAGAUUGCUACAGGUGGUAUCAUUGAUCCUUUGAAGUGUCUUCACUUACCUCUUGAGGUUGCAUACAGGAAAGGGUAUUUUGAUGCAGAACUUAAUAAGGUCCUAACAGAUCCGACUGAUGACACAAAAGGGUUUUUUGACCCAAAGACACAACAUAAUUUGACAUACAUGGAGAUGCUUGUUAGAUGUGUAAAAGAUAAGGAAACAGGACUGUUUCUCCUGCCAAUGACUGACAAGCCAAAAGCUACUGAGACAAAGGUAAAAAUGUACACAGACACAGAGAUAAAGCAAGAGCUUCAAAAGACAACAAUGACUGUAUCAGUAGGACACUACUCAGGAAAAUCUGUGUCUCUCUGGGACUUGAUUCACUCUGGGUACUUUACUGAGGAUCAGCAGCUUGAAUUCAUUGAGAAGUACAGAGCAAGAAAGAUUACCACAGAAACCAUAAUUACAUCAGUGAUUUCCACCAUUAAAAAACUGGAGAAAAGCAAAACUUCCAAGAUGAUAAUGGGCCUGCGAAAACCGGUCUCUGCACAAAAACUACUAGAUUCGGAUGUUAUUGACGCAGACACAUUCAAACAGGUGAAUAAAGGAAAACUCACUCUUGAAUCAGUUGUCCAACAUGAACCUGUGAGAGGAUACCUUAAGGGAACCGGAAGCAUUGCUGGAAUAAAAGUUCAUCCAUCUCAACAAGUAAUGAGCAUAUAUGAGGCAAAAAAGGAAGAUCUGUUGACACCUGGCAUUGCACUUCUACUGCUUGAGGCGCAGGCAGCAACAGGAUGGAUCAUUGAUCCUCUGAAAAACAAGAACUAUGCUGUUGAUGAGGCAGCGAAAGAAAAAAUAAUUGGACCAGAUUUACAUGAGCAACUUCUCUCAGCUGAAAGAGCUGUCACUGGCUACAAAGAUCCAUACACUGAUGCAACAAUAUCACUGUUUGAAGCCAUGAAUAAACAGCUGAUUAAAAAAAGUGAUGGUAUACGUCUUCUUGAAGCACAGAUGGCAACUGGAGGAAUCAUAGACCCAAAUCAAAGUCACAGACUACCUGUUCAUGUUGCUAUCAAAAAGGGAUAUCUGGAUGACGAAAUCAGCAAAAAUCUGUUGAACCCAGAGGAUGACACAAAGGGAUUUUUUGACCCAAACACUAAAGAGAAAAUCUCUUACCAUCAGCUGAUAAAGCAAUGCGAGAAAGAUCCUGAAACUGGGCUACUUCUUCUACCCCUGUACAAAGAGCAAUCCCAUGUAUUUCACACUGAUGAGCAAAUAGAGCUUACACUCAAAAACAAAGCUAUCAUCAUAAAUGCAGGGAGAUUUAAAGACAAAGAAGUGACAUUGUGGGAAGCGUUACUCUCUGAAUAUAUUUCGGAACAAAAAAGGGAGCAGCUUAUACAACAAUACAAGAAAGGAGCCACGAAAAUAGAGGAGCUCAUUGAAAUACUCACUGUUAUUGUUACAGAAGUUUCAUCUAAAGAAAGAAAGUUUAAAGGACUUCGAAAGCAAGUUUCAGCUAGUGAGUUGUUUGAGUCUAAGAUUAUCUCAAAAGAGCUUUUCACACAGAUAAUACAAGGGGAGAUAACCGAAGAUAAUGUUGACAAGAUGGAAUCGAUUCAGAAAUACCUCGGAGCUACAAACUGUAUAGCAGGUGUCAGAGUUGAAUCUACAAAGAAAGUGAUGAGCAUCUACGAGGCCAAGACAAAACGCCUGCUGACGCCUGGGACAUCUCUUGUACUGCUUGAGGCACAAGCUGCCACUGGCUUUGUCAUUGACCCAGUGAAAAACAAGAAACUCUCUGUAGAGGAAGCUGUGGCUCAAGGAGUGGUUGGCAGUGAGUGGAAAAAAAAACUGCUUUCAGCAGAACGAGCAGUUACAGGAUACAUAGAUCACUACACUGGAAACACAAUUUCAUUGUUCCAAGCCUUGAAAAAAGAUCUUAUUGUGAAAGAUCAUGGAAUUCGUCUCCUUGAAGCACAAAUUGCCACUGGAGGCAUAAUUGACCCAGUGCACAGUCACAGAGUACCUGUACAGGUGGCAUACACAAGAGGUUACUUUGAUGAAGAAAUGAAUGAGAUCCUGUCCGACCCUGAUGAUGACACCAAGGGCUUCUUUGAUCCCAACACUCAAGAGAACCUCACAUAUCUUCAGCUGGUGGAGAGGUGUGUCACAGAUCCCAUUACAGGCCUUAGCUUACUGGUGAUUGCAAAGAAAGGAGAGUUGUAUUUCUUUGUUGAUGAGGCAACAAAACUCAUUUUGAAAUCUACAACCACAACCAAAGCGGGAGGAAAAUACCAAAGAACAACAGUGUCUCUGUGGGAUCUGCUCUACUCCAAAUACAUCACUGAGGAGAAGAGGAGAGAGCUUGUGCAACAGUACAAGUCUGGAUCAAUCACAAUCGAACACUUCCUGAAAAUAAUACUGACAAUCAUUGAGCCGCAGACUACAACAACCUCGUCCUCCUCAAUCGUCAUGUGCCAACCACCAGAAAGACAAGUGGACAGCAGCACACGAUCUACUAUCACGACUACAGUCACAGAGACAACUGAAGUUAAAAACUUCCAUGGAAUCAGAAAAGACGUCACACCUAGUGAGUUGUUUAAAUCACAAAUCAUCAAUGAGGACCUUUACAACAAUCUUACAGCUGGAAAUGUCACAGUGACAGAAGUAAGUGAAAUGGAUUCAGUGCGAAAGUACUUAGAGGGAACUAACAGCAUUGCAGGAGUGUACCUGCAGUCCACCAAAGAGACCCUGAGUAUCUAUGAAGCCAAAAGCAAAGGCCUGCUAACUCCUGGUACUACUCUUGUUCUACUUGAGGCUCAAGCUGCCACUGGCUUUGUCAUUGACCCAGUGAAAAACAAGAAACUUUCAGUGGAAGAAGCUGUAUCUCAAAGAGUGGUUGGCAGCGAAUGGAAAAACAAACUGCUUUCAGCAGAAAGGGCAGUUACAGGUUACAAAGAUCCCUACACUGGAAACACAAUUUCAUUGUUCCAAGCCUUGAAAAAAGAUCUUAUUGUUAAAGAUCAUGGAAUUCGUCUCCUUGAAGCCCAAAUUGCCACUGGAGGCAUAAUUGACCCAGUGCACAGUCACAGAGUACCUGUACAGGUGGCAUACACAAGAGGUUACUUUGAUGAAGAAAUGAACCAGAUCCUGUCCGACCCUGAUGAUGACACCAAGGGCUUCUUUGAUCCCAACACUCAAGAGAACCUCACAUAUCUUCAGCUGGUUGAGAGAUGUGUCACAGAUCCCAUUACAGGCCUUAGCUUACUGGUGAUUGCAAAGAAAGGAGAGUUGUAUUUCUUUGUUGAUGAGGCAACAAAACUCAUUUUGAAAUCUACAACCACAACCAAAGCGGGAGGAAAAUACCAAAGAACGACAGUGUCUCUGUGGGAUCUGCUCUACUCCAAAUACAUCACUGAGGAGAAGAGGAGAGAGCUUGUGCAACAGUACAAGUCUGGAUCAAUCACAAUCGAACACUUCCUGAAAAUAAUACUGACAAUCAUUGAGCCGCAGACUACAACAACCUCGUCCUCCUCAAUCGUCAUGUGCCAACCACCAGAAAGACAAGUGGACAGCAGCACACAAUCUACUAUCACGACUACAGUCACAGAGACAACUGAAGUUAAAAACUUCCAUGGAAUCAGAAAAGACGUCACAGCUAGUGAGUUGUUUAAAUCACAAAUCAUCAAUGAGGACCUUUACAACAAUCUUACAGCUGGAAAUGUCACAGUGACAGAAGUAAGUGAAAUGGAUUCAGUGCGAAAGUACUUAGAGGGAACUAACAGCAUUGCAGGAGUGUACCUGCAGUCCACCAAAGAGACCCUGAGUAUCUAUGAAGCCAAAAGCAAAGGCCUGUUAACUCCUGGUACUACUCUUGUUCUACUUGAGGCUCAAGCUGCCACUGGCUUUGUUAUUGACCCAGUGAAAAACAAGAAACUUUCAGUGGAAGAAGCUGUAUCUCAAAGAGUGGUUGGCAGCGAAUGGAAAAACAAACUGCUUUCAGCAGAAAGGGCAGUUACAGGAUACAAAGAUCCCUACACUGGAAACACAAUUUCAUUGUUCCAAGCCUUGAAAAAAGAUCUUAUUGUUAAAGAUCAUGGAAUUCGUCUCCUUGAAGCCCAAAUUGCCACUGGAGGCAUAAUUGACCCAGUGCACAGUCACAGAGUACCUGUACAGGUGGCAUACACAAGAGGUUACUUUGAUGAAGAAAUGAACCAGAUCCUGUCCGACCCUGAUGAUGACACCAAGGGCUUCUUUGAUCCCAACACUCAAGAGAACCUCACAUAUCUUCAGCUGGUUGAGAGAUGUGUCACAGAUCCCAUUACAGGCCUUAGCUUACUGGUGAUUGCAAAGAAAGGAGAGUUGUAUUUCUUUGUUGAUGAGGCAACAAAACUCAUUUUGAAAUCUACAACCACAACCAAAGCGGGAGGAAAAUACCAAAGAACAACAGUGUCUCUGUGGGAUCUGCUCUACUCCAAAUACAUCACUGAGGAGAAGAGGAGAGAGCUUGUGCAACAGUACAAGUCUGGAUCAAUCACAAUCGAACACUUCCUGAAAAUAAUACUGACAAUCAUUGAGCCGCAGACUACAACAACCUCGUCCUCCUCAAUCGUCAUGUGCCAACCACCAGAAAGACAAGUGGACAGCAGCACACAAUCUACUAUCACGACUACAGUCACAGAGACAACUGAAGUUAAAAACUUCCAUGGAAUCAGAAAAGACGUCACAGCUAGUGAGUUGUUUAAAUCACAAAUCAUCAAUGAGGACCUUUACAUCAAUCUUACAGCUGGAAAUGUCACAGUGACAGAAGUAAGUGAAAUGGAUUCAGUGCGAAAGUACUUAGAGGGAACUAACAGCAUUGCAGGAGUGUACCUGCAGUCCACCAAAGAGACCCUGAGUAUCUAUGAAGCCAAAAGCAAAGGCCUGUUAACUCCUGGUACUACUCUUGUUCUACUUGAGGCUCAAGCUGCCACUGGCUUUGUCAUUGACCCAGUGAAAAACAAGAAACUUUCAGUGGAAGAAGCUGUAUCUCAAAGAGUGGUUGGCAGCGAAUGGAAAAACAAACUGCUUUCAGCAGAAAGGGCAGUUACAGGAUACAAAGAUCCCUACACUGGAAACACAAUUUCAUUGUUCCAAGCCUUGAAAAAAGAUCUUAUUGUUAAAGAUCAUGGAAUUCGUCUCCUUGAAGCCCAAAUUGCCACUGGAGGCAUAAUUGACCCAGUGCACAGUCACAGAGUACCUGUACAGGUGGCAUACACAAGAGGUUACUUUGAUGAAGAAAUGAACCAGAUCCUGUCCGACCCUGAUGAUGACACCAAGGGCUUCUUUGAUCCCAACACUCAAGAGAACCUCACAUAUCUUCAGCUGGUUGAGAGAUGUGUCACAGAUCCCAUUACAGGCCUUAGCUUACUGGUGAUUGCAAAGAAAGGAGAGUUGUAUUUCUUUGUUGAUGAGGCAACAAAACUCAUUUUGAAAUCUACAACCACAACCAAAGCGGGAGGAAAAUACCAAAGAACGACAGUGUCUCUGUGGGAUCUGCUCUACUCCAAAUACAUCACUGAGGAGAAGAGGAGAGAGCUUGUGCAACAGUACAAGUCUGGAUCAAUCACAAUCGAACACUUCCUGAAAAUAAUACUGACAAUCAUUGAGCCGCAGACUACAACAACCUCGUCCUCCUCAAUCGUCAUGUGCCAACCACCAGAAAGACAAGUGGACAGCAGCACCGAAUCUACUAUCACGACUACAGUCACAGAGACAACUGAAGUUCAAAACUUCCAUGGAAUCAGAAAAGACGUCACAGCUAGUGAGUUGUUUAAAUCACAAAUCAUCAAUGAGGACCUUUACAACAAUCUUACAGCUGGAAAUGUCACAGUGACAGAAGUAAGUGAAAUGGAUUCAGUGCGAAAGUACUUAGAGGGAACUAACAGCAUUGCAGGAGUGUACCUGCAGUCCACCAAAGAGACCCUGAGUAUCUAUGAAGCCAAAAGCAAAGGCCUGCUAACUCCUGGUACUACUCUUGUUCUACUUGAGGCUCAAGCUGCCACUGGCUUUGUCAUUGACCCAGUGAAAAACAAGAAACUUUCAGUGGAAGAAGCUGUAUUUCAAAGAGUGGUUGGCAGCGAAUGGAAAAACAAACUGCUUUCAGCAGAAAGGGCAGUUACAGGAUACAAAGAUCCCUACACUGGAAACACAAUUUCAUUGUUCCAAGCCUUGAAAAAAGAUCUUAUUGUUAAAGAUCAUGGAAUUCGUCUCCUUGAAGCCCAAAUUGCCACUGGAGGCAUAAUUGACCCAGUGCACAGUCACAGAGUACCUGUACAGGUGGCAUACACAAGAGGUUACUUUGAUGAAGAAAUGAACCAGAUCCUGUCCGACCCUGAUGAUGACACCAAGGGCUUCUUUGAUCCCAACACUCAAGAGAACCUCACAUAUCUUCAGCUGGUUGAGAGAUGUGUCACAGAUCCCAUUACAGGCCUUAGCUUACUGGUGAUUGCAAAGAAAGGAGAGUUGUAUUUCUUUGUUGAUGAGGCAACAAAACUCAUUUUGAAAUCUACAACCACAACCAAAGCGGGAGGAAAAUACCAAAGAACGACAGUGUCUCUGUGGGAUCUGCUCUACUCCAAAUACAUCACUGAGGAGAAGAGGAGAGAGCUUGUGCAACAGUACAAGUCUGGAUCAAUCACAAUCGAACACUUCCUGAAAAUAAUACUGACAAUCAUUGAGCCGCAGACUACAACAACCUCGUCCUCCUCAAUCGUCAUGUGCCAACCACCAGAAAGACAAGUGGACAGCAGCACACAAUCUACUAUCACGACUACAGUCACAGAGACAACUGAAGUUCAAAACUUCCAUGGAAUCAGAAAAGACGUCACAGCUAGUGAGUUGUUUAAAUCACAAAUCAUCAAUGAGGACCUUUACAUCAAUCUUACAGCUGGAAAUGUCACAGUGACAGAAGUAAGUGAAAUGGAUUCAGUGCGAAAGUACUUAGAGGGAACUAACAGCAUUGCAGGAGUGUACCUGCAGUCCACCAAAAAGACCCUGAGUAUCUAUGAAGCCAAAAGCAAAGGCCUGUUAACUCCUGGUACUACUCUUGUUCUACUUGAGGCUCAAGCUGCCACUGGCUUUGUCAUUGACCCAGUGAAAAACAAGAAACUUUCGGUGGAAGAAGCUGUAUCUCAAAGAGUGGUUGGCAGCGAAUGGAAAAACAAACUGCUUUCAGCAGAAAGGGCAGUUACAGGAUACAAAGAUCCCCACACUGGAAACACAAUUUCAUUGUUCCAAGCCUUGAAAAAAGAUCUUAUUGUUAAAGAUCAUGGAAUUCGUCUCCUUGAAGCCCAAAUUGCCACUGGAGGCAUAAUUGACCCAGUGCACAGUCACAGAGUACCUGUACAGGUGGCAUACACAAGAGGUUACUUUGAUGAAGAAAUGAACCAGAUCCUGUCCGACCCUGAUGAUGACACCAAGGGCUUCUUUGAUCCCAACACUCAAGAGAACCUCACAUAUCUUCAGCUGGUUGAGAGAUGUGUCACAGAUCCCAUUACAGGCCUUAGCUUACUGGUGAUUGCAAAGAAAGGAGAGUUGUAUUUCUUUGUUGAUGAGGCAACAAAACUCAUUUUGAAAUCUACAACCACAACCAAAGCGGGAGGAAAAUACCAAAGAACGACAGUGUCUCUGUGGGAUCUGCUCUACUCCAAAUACAUCACUGAGGAGAAGAGGAGAGAGCUUGUGCAACAGUACAAGUCUGGAUCAAUCACAAUCGAACACUUCCUGAAAAUAAUACUGACAAUCAUUGAGCCGCAGACUACAACAACCUCGUCCUCCUCAAUCGUCAUGUGCCAACCACCAGAAAGACAAGUGGACAGCAGCACACGAUCUACUAUCACGACUACAGUCACAGAGACAACUGAAGUUCAAAACUUCCAUGGAAUCAGAAAAGACGUCACAGCUAGUGAGUUGUUUAAAUCACAAAUCAUCAAUGAGGACCUUUACAACAAUCUUACAGCUGGAAAUAUCACAGUGACAGAAGUAAGUGAAAUGGAUUCAGUGCGAAAGUACUUAGAGGGAACUAACAGCAUUGCAGGAGUGUACCUGCAGUCCACUAAAGAGACCCUGAGUAUCUAUGAAGCCAAAAGCAAAGGCCUGCUAACUCCUGGUACUACUCUUGUUCUACUUGAGGCUCAAGCUGCCACUGGCUUUGUCAUUGACCCAGUGAAAAACAAGAAACUUUCAGUGGAAGAAGCUGUAUCUCAAAGAGUGGUUGGCAGCGAAUGGAAAAACAAACUGCUUUCAGCAGAAAGGGCAGUUACAGGAUACAAAGAUCCCCACACUGGAAACACAAUUUCAUUGUUCCAAGCCUUGAAAAAAGAUCUUAUUGUUAAAGAUCAUGGAAUUCGUCUCCUUGAAGCCCAAAUUGCCACUGGAGGCAUAAUUGACCCAGUGCACAGUCACAGAGUACCUGUACAGGUGGCAUACACAAGAGGUUACUUUGAUGAAGAAAUGAACCAGAUCCUGUCCGACCCUGAUGAUGACACCAAGGGCUUCUUUGAUCCCAACACUCAAGAGAACCUCACAUAUCUUCAGCUGGUGGAGAGGUGUGUCACAGAUCCCAUUACAGGCCUCAGUUUACUAUCAUUGAGAAAGUGAAUGAAACCAAAGCUUUUUUCAUGCAUUUUAUUUUCUGUUGUGCAUGCAUUCUUAGAUUUUUACUCAACAGAAUGCAGGAUGUUGAAACACGAGACAAAUACACGCAGACUGUAGUUCUCCAACUACUGUUACCUAUAAUGCUUCAGUUACAACUGCUUGUUGUGGAGUGUAGAUUAUUUGAACCAGCACCCACAAAACCAGUGACACUGACACAACUCCACUUUGGAAUUUAGCCAUUCUUAACCCCCCUCAAAAUAAAUCAACUUUGAGAAAUGUUGAAUUUAGUGGCCGUAAAACUCUAUUAAACUGAUGAAAUCAUCUAUUUUCUCAAAAUAUACAUACAGAUCUUACAUAGAUAAACACUUAAAAUACAGCAUAUUGUUUUUAAAUCUUUGUUUUCUGUAUUCAAGGCUGUCACUGGGAAAUAAAAUCUUAGAUUUGCAAUACUUUUUGGGGAUUUUGUAUUCUUCUGCACAGCACUUGGGUCUGGAUGUUUUAGAGUGCUUCAUAAAUAAAGUUGGAUUGGAUUUGUGGGAAUUAUGAAUUGCAUUAUCGUAUAUUGAUGUGGGUAGAUGGAGUUAAGCUGUGCCUAUAGAAGCUAGACUUAGAUAUGUUACCAUUUAGGCCGAAAAGAUGAACACUUAAUUCUUAAUUAAGUUAUACUUUGCUUUCAUUUGAAGUCAGCCCUGCUCUUUCUGUAUUAUUGUAAAUUAUGUUUUGUUGAAACUGUUUCAUUAUAUGGCCAACUAAACAAAUGAAAUAUAUAUUUUGACAUUUUUGGAAGUUGAUGUGUAUUGAACAACAGACUUUAAAAUUAUUUCCUGAUUGAAGAGUCCACACAUGUUGGACAACUCUUCACCCAUAAUCAUUUCUGUUCAACAACAAUAAAGCAAAUACAAUGAAAAA